AUUGGCGCCAGCGCCUGAAAGAAGCUGCUGCGAAGCUGCGACACGGGCUGGCGAGCUUGGUGAGCGCUGUGACGCUAGCCGCGCUCUCCACCUCUGCAAUCCAGGCCGCCGAUACCCACCUCCGGGGGCUGGCGGCCGACGCAUCCCUCCGCAUACAUGCCGCCACCACUGCGACGACCGCCGCCAAUGGUGCCGGCAUUGGCGGCAAUCGCGGCUACUUGGAGAACCUAAUGCCAUUAGCGCUGGUUCUAAUGGUCCGUACGGUGUCGUACUUCUUCCUGGGUGUCGCUCUGAUGCUCGAGGUGACCGGUAUGGGUGAUCUGGUGGACAUGGUGCCGCUGCUGGCGCUGGGACAGAGAGUGGAGCUGCAUUUCGACGAGGCUUGGAAGGCGGCCUCCUUUGCCGAGCUGUGGUCCCGGCGCUGGAACAUCACCGUCACGGGGGUGCUACGACCCGUGUGCUAUGACCCCGUCAUGGAAGCGGCAACGGAAAGCACUUUAACAACUACUACACAAUCCGGAAGCUCCUCCACCAGCAGUAAAACCAGCUGUGGACGAGGAGGAGGGGAAGGGGAUGGAGGCGGCUCCAGAGAUGACACGUCGCCACUCCACUUUCAGAACCACAAGGAAGGCCAAAGCCAGAGCCCAACAACCUCGUCCAUUCCGCUGCCCGAGCUCUUGGCUUCGCUGUCGCCGGACGCCAGCAGCCAUAGCAGUAGCGACGGCAGUAGCUGUAGCCCCGGUAGUGAUGUCUGCAGCAGCAGCUUCAGCAGCAUCAGCGGCGGCAGUAGCGGCAGCCCGGCGCUGCGGAACAUGCUGGAGCGAGCCUGGAGCGGUGAUGGCGUUGACGGCGGCGGUGUUGAUGGCGAUGAUGGUGGUGGUGCCGGCGGCGGCUGCAAGAGUGUCUGCGUCGGCAGCUUUUCUGCCGCGCACCGUCGGCGUGCAAUUGGCACGUCUGCCGCUGAAGCGUCUGAUGCCGUACCACCUCCCGUACAGAAAUCCAAGAUGUUCACGGCGGCAACGCCGGCGCCACCUAACGAGCUUAACCACCAGAGCCGCCGCCGCGGCCAGUCACAGCCACGCCAACCACGAACCGCAACCGCCGCGGCGCCGUCCGGAUCACAAGCCGCCAACCUGCAUCGAUCGUCGCGCGCACGGCGUUUCGCUGCCGUACAGAUGACCUUCCUGGUUUCGGGGCUGUGGCAUGAGCUGGUUUGCUACAGCAUGAGCGGCACCACCACGGGCGGCAGCUGGCUGCUGCUGUUUGCUCUACAGGCCCCUCUCAUCCUGGUGGAGUCCGAGCUGCGGCAUAAGGCCCGUAAGCUGAGACUGCGAGUCCCCCGUGCAAUAAAGUGCUGGAUCGUACACGGUCUCCUCUUCCUGCAGCUGAUGCUGCUGUGGUACCCACCAAUGGAGAGGACCGGGAUGUUGGAGGGCUUGACUCGCACGGGGGAUCGAGUGAUGGCGGCGGCAGCGGCAGCGGCGGCGGUGGCGAGGCGCGCUAUCACGACGGUGGCGGCCCUGCUUCCGGCUGCCACAGAAGCGACUGCGGCAGCCUUGACAAGCGGCUCUAACAGACUUGAGCUGGAGGCCAGCGACGCCAACAAAGCUGCACAACCUGCCGCUGCUGCUGAAUCAGGCAACACAACUUCUAUCAAAAGCGUUGGGGGGGAAAGCUCUGUACGGGACGUUGGCUCGUCAGGCGAACCAUCGAUGACCUAUCACAUCCCAGCUCUCGGAAGCGAGGUCAUGCGACUUCUUGACCAGGACUCGGAAGCUCAAGGGGCCAGCCUGCAGGGACCAGUCUCGGAGAGCUACGUCCCCGGCGGCGAGUCGUCAUCCGGCCGCGCUAGUCACAGCAGCGCCAACGCACCUGAGGCAUCGGGUCUCGUCCCCGUUGCAAAUGCUGGGGGGGGAGGUACUGACGGUGGCAACCCAGUUGCAGAAGGGAGACCCUCCGGGAUUUGGACUGAGGGGUCAACAGCCGAUACCGAGACAGCGGAUACAGCGGCGGGUGCGGCAGUAUCGCCAGAGCCGGCGGAAGAGCAGCCUCAGCGGUCGGCUGGGUCCCAAGCCUCCCUAGGCUCACAGCCCAGCGUAGCUGGUAGUACUUCAAUGAUGUACGGCGCUGGCGUCUCUCGUGGCGUGAGCCCGGUCAUGCCGGCCACCGAAGACGACGCUGACGGCCCCGCCGACGUCACCGCCAGCGCUAUCGGGACAGCUCCAUCCUCUGCAGACGCAUCCCCGGGGCUUGCCCCAAAGGCUGAGGAUAGCGGCGCCAGCGCCACUGGAAGCGGCGGCGGCGGCGGCGGCGGCGGCGAGGACGGAGAGGGGGGCAGCGCUCCUGGUACAUCAGAAUCUGCGGAUGGUUCCGGAGCAGGUCGGCUACUGCAGCAGGAAGAAGUCCGAACGGAAAAACGUUGGUCGUCCGGAACCUCCCGGGGGGUCGCUCCUGCCAAGGACGCGGCGGACGCGGAUGUGGGCGCUGGCACGACUGAUAUUACUUCCACGGGGGGUCCGGAUGCCGGCAGCGGCGCAAGCCCUGAGUACGGCGCCCCGGGGACCGCCGACGACACUGCUGAUGGCGGCAAUGUGGCAGCGGCUGAGGGCGGCCGUCGUUCUGACGGCGCCGUGAUGGGAGACGGGCGAUCUGGGUCAGGCGCUGCCGCCGUCACCGCUGCAAGAACCUCGAGUGACCGCGGCGCGGCGGCAGUGUCCGGAGGUGAAGGUGGAGGUGGAGGUGGACCUGCCGAGGGUGGGGGCCCCGGGGAGGGCGCCGGUGCAGCGGCUCCCAGUCCUGACGUCGCGGCGGCGGAAGGGAGUGGAGGUGUAGGCGGCGGCAGCGGCAGCAGCAUAGGUAGCGGCGUAGCCGGGGGCCGUGCAUCGAGCAGCCGCAGCCGCAGCAGCGGUGGCUCUGGACCCGGCGCGGCAGCGGCCGUGCAACAGCCUGGUGCGGCUCCAGACGCGGAUGACUUGCCGUCGGCGCGAGGCGGCCGCCGACCCUCGUAUUCGUCACCAGAGUACGAAGAGUACAACAGGGCAUCGACCCCGUCCGGCGCCGGUUCGCGCCCCGCCUCCGGCGGCGGCAGCGACGGCGCCAACGCGGCGGGGACAUUUGCAUCGUCGGCUUUGGCGGGGGGCCUAAGUGGCGGCAGCGGCAGCGAACGGCAGCGGCGUCAGAGCAGCGGCGGCAUCCCGUCGCCGCCUCGGCCACCUGGCAACACAGCCCAACAGAGAAGCUCCACCACCGGCAGUUCUGCGGCGUCGCAACACUCGAGCGCAGUGCUACGGCAGGCCUCCGAAACCACAGGUGCUGCGCAGUUCAGCGGCGACGGCGGCGCGGGGCCCGGCGGGGCGGCGGAUUACAACGAGGGGCAACCGUCAUGGCGACCCAGCGUUACCGCCAGCAGUGUGGGCGGGAGCAGCGGCCGCCACGGCAGUGUGUCGUACGCAUGGCGCGGCAGCAGCUCCGGUGGUGAUGGCGGCGGCGCGGCGGCGCUGGCAAUGGCGGCGGCGGCGCCGCGGCCGAGUGGCUCUGUCGAGGACACGGCGGCCCCGCGACUCACUGUCACGAACCGGAACACGUCCUCCUCCUCAGAAACCAGCAGCGUCGCAAGGCGCACGUCUGGGCCCUUUGUCGUACAAGGCAUUGACAACGGCAGCGGCGGUGGCGGCGGGAGCAGCGGUGGCCUGGCGGCGACCCUGGUUCCCGCGUCGCCGUCACCGCAGCUUCCGCCUCUUGGAGGUCAUCCUGACGCCGCUUCCGGCAUGACAUACGGCACCGCCAUGUCGUCGUACAGCUUUCCAGGAGAGGCUCGCCGUCAGGCGUCCCAAAGCUCCGCCGCCGUAGGAUGUCAGCCGAACCCGCUGCCGCCGCUGCCGCCGACGACACCGCCGGGCGGCAUCCUCACGCUUGGCGACCGCCCCAAGGCGCGGGCUGUCGUAUCCGCACCCGCGGGUGACGUCAGGUCGGCAGCCAACGGCGGCGGUGGUGCCGCGGCGGCGGCGACGCGCAGCGGCCGGCCGCCGCCGCCCAUACACAUGAUGCCGACGCACGUUCAGCCCAAAGGCCCGUUCGACGAGUGUACGACACAGGCUGCCUUGCAGCAUGUACGGACAGUUUGGUCAACGUCAAACAUUUGCGGCAUCCGGUCGCUUCCCAACGCGCUGAGUCCGGAUUUCCGUCAUAAACCUCAGUUGUCGUACGGUCUGGAGGGUGGCCCGCUGGGUAUGCCCCUCAGUGUGGGCCAGAAGCAGGUGGCUCGAAUCAACCCCCUGGCCGGAAUGUUCACGCAAUUCGAGUACCUGCCAUCCGAGUACGACAGAGUAAAGCUGACUGGAAAGUACGAUCGUCUAAGGCACAAGCUGGCGCAGACCGGCCCACAAGAGUUCGUGGUUCGUGCCCCCCCCUCCGCCGUACACGGCGCCCCCGCCUUCUCCGAGUUUUCGUACACCACCGACCCGGUGGAUUCGUACUCGGCCUCCAUGCACGCGGACACAGACCUGGCAAGGUCAAAGGUGGUCGCCGGCCCCUUCUACCCCUCGGGCCGCGUACAAGCCGCCAAGGUGCUCAAGGGCCGACUGGACGAGUGCAUGAUGCGGCUGUGCAAGCAGCUCAGCGACGACUGGCCGAACAGCUUCAUGCAGGUAUUCGAGGACCGCAACGGCAGUGUGGUGGCUUCCUUCCACCAGCCAUCUGCCGUACAGGAGGGCGACCUGAGUGCCUACAUGAACACGCUGGCCAAGAGGAACCACGUAAUGUCCACCUUCCAGCUCACCAAGGACGCCACGCGGUGGGGGCUGGUGGACGAGGACAGCGGGGCGGUGUUCUACGUCUUGUGGCCGCCGUGGGUACGACACAGGUACUUGGGACCCCACACCGCGCCAACAUCCACCCAGAUGCCAAACGGCCGGCCUGGAACCCGGGGCAGCAGCAGCAGUGAGGACGAGGAGGAGGAAGACGCGGAGGGGGCGGACGGGGGGUUUGCGACAGCGGGGGCAGCGGGGGAGGAUGCGGCCGCGGCUGCGGCGCUGGGGCUGGGGGCUGAGAUAGGCGACGGAGGGCAAGUAAGCAUCGGAGAGCACCAAGGUCCGGAGGUAAAAUGCGUGCAGCUGCAGUUGGGGACCUUCCAAAAGCUUUUUCAGAUUUUUGCCGAGAAGCAAAAGGCGCAGCGGCCCAAGCGCUGGGACAUGAUGGAGUGGCGCCAUGCGGAUCAAGAAGUGGGCAUGGAGGUGUUUUGCAACCCCAACGCGCACACCACCGCCUUUGACGCCAAGUUGCUCAUCACGCUGUGGUCGAGCGGGGGCCUCAGAGUCACGACUGAAGCGCGUCUGAGCGCCAUCACCAGCGACCUGGACAACUUCUUGCAGGGGUAGAAGAAACGGCGGUGGCAAGACUCCCAGGAAGAGCAGCGCAUUUCAGGUUUCUUCUUUCCUAUUCUCUUUCUUCUUUCCCCUCCUUGUUAUCUUUUUUCCCCUCAAAUGUGUCGAAUGAAUACCCCGACGUGGACCUCCUGAUUACGAAUAGAUUAAUUUUAAACCUGACUCGGCAGGGCGCAUGUCGGACUUCGGGCUUAGCGAUGCAAGGGUGGCAGGCUGGCGGGAGGUUGGGCGAGUGGAUAGCUUGAGAGCUGCGAAGAGUACAUUUCGCUCUACGUCCGUGCAUCCUGUGCUGCACGGAGUGUGCUGUUCCGUCAUAUCAUAUUCUUCGUGUGGCGACUGUGGUGCUUGUGUGCCUGGCACUGUCCACAAAAUGAUUCUCUGAAAGGGUCGAAGCGGUGCGCAGGUCGCACCAGACAAGGUGCUUGCUAUUUCUUUCCUCAAACUGCAUGUCGGUUGGGACAGUGGGACCUAACUCCUUAACUUAACCGUAGGGGAUCCUGUCUCUCCCUCCGGAUUUUUUUGUGAGGCCUAGACACAGCCUGGAUUUUAUAGGCGCUUGAGCAUUCCUAGUCAGUGCUGUAGUCCAGUGCGGUAGUCGGGGCGGGUUGUCCGCGCUUCAAACGAAAUCCUUUGUUCGCUGCAUAACUUGGGCGUCGCUGGAUCGCAGGCCUGGAUUAUGUAGCAGAGACUCUAUUUUGAACAUAUACCUGU